AUGACUGGUCGCAUGAGGUGUUAUUAUGAUCCUCCCGACUCCUCGUUCAUUCUUGACAAGGGCGACUCUGGAGAUCCCGCGGGAAGAAGACGGACUUGCAGACGGCUGCCGAUGCUCCAGCCCGGCCAAUUAGAAUCCUUCCCGAGCCCGCGGCCCGUCCAGACUUGCAAACAUUCUCGAGUCUACCAGCAAGCCAUCCACGGAUACUGCUUUACUCCUCAAUUCCCGCUCAUCUCACUAUGGGUCCGAAAUCAGGUAAUGCCACCACGGCUUCCGGACGUCCCCGAAGGCGGGCCGUCGAAGCAUGCUCGUUCUGCCGACGGCGCAAAGUUCAUCAAGUGCAAUAACGAACAGCCUACGUGUGCUAAUUGCAAGACAUAUGGCAAAGACUGUGUCUAUGAGCCUCUGGCUAGCCCUGACGCAAGUACACUGCACUCAACACCAACACGACGUCAUGCCGAGCGCCAAAGAGGUGCUUUGAGGGUCACGAGACGGGAAACCCACACCCCGACAAGUGUCCGGGAUGGUAGUGUACGCAAUGACACUCCCGCGGAUCGCAACGACGCCGCGCGCUCACCAAACCCCGAUGACCACGAUCCUUCUACCCAUUCACCCCGGCUUACCAGGACAGAACGCCCGGAGAACUCAGCGGAACAGGCGUCUUCCCAUCGCGGGGAUGUAUCUCGUAUCGUGGUAUCCGCAAAUGGAGUUUCGAGCUACCAUGGCCGCACCAGUGCAUUAUUCGAGGAGAAUCCCCAGGAGCGAUUCUCGGUAGCUGAUCUGCGCCCCCGGAUGCCAGAUGACUGGAUCGAGAAAGGCCUGGUUGCAGAGACAGCCAAACAACGUCAACUUGAAGAGUUCAAUCAUCGAGCGGGAACGCUCGAUUUUGACGGCGUGGACCCAGAGCUUGGCAUGCAUCUCUUGUCCCUGCACUGGAAUCGCCAGCAUCACUCAUUCUUGCUCACCUAUCGACCCGCAUUCAUGCGAGAUAUGGCUUGUAAUGGGCCAUACUUCUCCAAGAUACUCUUGAACGCCAUCUACUUUGGGGCUUCCAAGUUCAGCCCCCGGAGAGAGGUACGGAGGGACCCCAAUGAUGUUCGUACUGCCGGCUGGGCUUUUCGCGAGCGUGUGCGCAAAUUACUCGGUGAUGCGCUUGACAGUAGUGAUAUUACAACGAUUCAAGCUUUGCUGGUGAUGACGAACUCGCUGUUUGCGCUAGGGGACGAGAGAAGCGCGGCUUGGUUGUAUGCUGGGUUGGCAUUCCGAAUGAUCAUAGACCUGGGCAUGCACGUAGAUGCUCCAGGUCUUGGUGUAACUCGCAAAUUUUCUGAUGAGGAUCUAGAGAUACGUCGGCGGGUCUUCUGGGGGGCAUUCGUUGUCGACAAGAUCCAGAGUCUGUAUCAAGGGCGUCCAGCAUCCCUGAAAGAGUCUGACACCCUGGUACCGAUCAAGUUCCUCGACACAUUUGAAGAGUUUGAGAACUGGAAGCCGUUUGCCUACUCUACCGACGCCACUAACUAUCCUGGUUCGCCCGCCUAUAGUGUAUCGACAUUCACGUAUCUGUGUCGUCUCUCAGUCGUCAUGAGCGAUAUACUGAGUUGCAUCUACACGGAGAGGGCAUUCGACAAGAGUGCUGCGGAGCUUUCCACAAUGUUACAGACCUUGAGCUCGAAGUUGGCAACUUGGAAGGAUGCACUCCCAGCACAUCUUAUCUUUGAUCCAAAAAGCAAUGACGCUGUGCCGCCACCGCAUGUCCUUAGUUUGUACGCCAUGUACCAUGUUCUUACCAUCCUUCUCAAUCGCCCGUUCGUAGCUGAUGGCCAUCUUUACAACACGUCUCGCUCCGUCUCUGUCAACUCGUUCAUCACUUGUGCGUCUGCGGCCGACAGCAUAGUAAGCGUUCUUCGGGUCUACGAUAGGGUAUUCUCCGUUCGUCAUGCGCCAUAUUUGAUCUCGUAUGCCACGUACGUUGCGGCAACGAUACACGUACGAAUAGCUGCCAAAAGAAGCACGGAAUCGGAGGCUCGAGAACGUCUGGAAACUUGCAUGUCAGUGUUCCGUGAGAAUCAAGAAACAAACUGGGCUGUCAGGAGGGCCAAAACAAUAGUCGAAGGCUUGAUGGCGAGACUUGGUGUUAGUCUCGGUGAGCAACAAGGCACGCAGCCGAGGAACCGCAUACAAGCCAGCAAAAGAGCGCGUUUAGCCAUGGCCACCACUCAGGACAAUGCCGAAGGCUCAAAUAGCCUGCCUCAAGUAUUUCAGAGUCAUGCGCCUCAGACAGCACCCGGGAACGAGACACCUCCAUUAGGGUGGUCGGAUAUCGAUGGGAUCAUUCAGAGUUUUGCAAGAGGUCAAGAUCCUAACGCAGCUUCAGCGGAUCCGGCACAAGCAGAUGUUCAUUUUCAACAAGUCCCACAGCCCGCGUAUAACCAAGCUUCCAGCUUUGGUCCCUCGGGUUUUAGUGGCAACCCAGCCUGGUUCCAGGGGGUGCCAGAAGGAGACGGCGGUUCGGCCUCCUUUGAUGACUUACUCUUUGGUUUCAACGGAUCCGCGUUGGAUAGCAUGUUUUCUUGA